CUUGAGUCAUGGGCUUGGGACGCCCAGGCGGUGAACGAGCCCGCUUGAGACGCCUCUCCGGGCGCUGAGCCGGCAGACCCACGCCCGUAAGGAGUGAUAGGGUCCAACCGCCUGAGCUCGGAGUCCACCGACUGACCAGGGCCAGGGCGGUGAACGUGCGGCGGCUGGUGACGUGAGCGUCCUCCCUCCUCCUCCCGCCCCUCUCGGGGUGGCGCCGUCUGGUGACGUUGGGGAUAUGAUGGCCGCCGCGAGGCCGGGAAGGUGAAGUUGGAAUCGGUGGAGUCAACACAGUCAGUAGCCAACCUCAAUCUGAGGAACAGGACAGAGGAGAACUCAGAUUCUUUUCGUCUUUUUGACUCCAGCCAUGCCCAUGAUGCCCAACCUGUGAAGGUCUCUCACCAUCCAAAAACGCGAUGUCCCUGCUUUUCUCUCGGUGCAACUCCAUCAUCACAGUCAAGAAGGACAAGAGACACAUGGCUGAGGUGAAUGCUUCCCCGCUCAAGCACUUUGUCACUGCCAAGAAGAAGAUCAAUGGCAUUUUUGAGCAACUGGGGGCCUACAUCCAGGAGAGUGCUACCUUCCUUGAAGACACUCACAGGAACGCAGAACUGGACCCGGUUACAACAGAAGAGCAGGUUCUGGAUGUCAAAGGCUACCUGUCCAAAGUGAGGGGCAUCAGCGAGGUGCUGGCCCGGCGGCACAUGAAAGUGGCUUUUUUUGGCCGUGUUUGCACCUUUGGGAUACUGAACCAUGUGACUGUAUUAUAUUACCUGUUCUUUAGAGAGGCAGUUGGGGGCUGUGGGCUCCAUCAGGAGGGGCCCACCGGCACCCCACCUGGUCACACCCAUAUGCUUGGGCUUCAGGUGCGGCGGCAGCACAUGGAACGUUGUACCAGCUUUCUGGUGGAUGAGCUGGGCGUGGUGGAUCGAGGCCAGGCUGGAGACCGCAUCUUCUUUGUGUCUGCCAAGGAGGUGCUCAACGCCAGGAUCCAGAAGGCCCAGGGCAUGCCUGAAGGAGGGGGCGCUCUUGCAGAAGGCUUUCAAGUGCGGAUGUUUGAGUUUCAGAAUUUUGAGAGGCGAUUUGAGGAGUGCAUCUCCCAGUCUGCGGUGAAGACCAAAUUUGAGCAGCACACAGUCCGGGCCAAGCAGAUUGCCGAAGCGGUUCGUUUCAUCAUGGACUCCCUGCACAUUGCGGCACAGGAGCAGCGGGUUUACUGCCUGGAAAUGCGGGAAGAGCGGCAAGAGCGGCUGAGGUUUAUUGACAAGCAGCUGGAGCUCCUGGCGCAGGACUACAAGCUGCGGAUUAAGCAGAUCACAGAGGAGGUGGAGAGGCAGGUGUCCACCGCGAUGGCGGAAGAGAUUAGACGCCUCUCGGUGCUGGUGGACGAGUACCAGAUGGAUUUCCACCCUUCCCCAGUGGUCCUCAAGGUCUACAAGAACGAACUGCACCGCCAUAUAGAGGAAGGACUGGGUCGGAAUAUGUCCGACCGCUGUUCCACGGCCAUCACCAACUCCCUGCAGACCAUGCAGCAGGACAUGAUAGAUGGUUUGAAACCCCUCCUUCCUGCGUCUGUGCGGAGUCAGAUAGACAUGCUGGUCCCUCGGCAGUGCUUCUCCCUCAGCUAUGACCUGAACUGUGACAAGCUGUGUGCUGACUUUCAGGAGGACAUCGAGUUCCAUUUUUCCCUCGGCUGGACCAUGCUGGUGAAUAGGUUCCUGGGCCCCAAGAAUAGCCGCCGGGCCUUGAUGGGCUACAAUGACCAGGUGCAGCGCCCCAUCCCUCUGACGCCAGCCAACCCCAGCAUGCCCCCGCUGCCGCAGGGCUCCCUCACCCAGGAAGAGCUCAUGGUUUCCAUGGUCACCGGCCUGGCCUCCCUGACGUCCAGGACCUCCAUGGGCAUUCUCGUUGUUGGAGGCGUGGUGUGGAAGGCGGUGGGCUGGCGGCUCAUCGCCCUCUCCUUUGGGCUCUAUGGCCUCCUGUAUGUCUACGAGCGUCUGACAUGGACCACCAAGGCCAAGGAGAGGGCCUUCAAGCGCCAGUUUGUAGAGUAUGCCAGCGAGAAGCUACAGCUCGUCAUCAGCUACACGGGCUCCAACUGCAGCCACCAAGUGCAGCAGGAGCUGUCUGGGACCUUUGCUCAUCUGUGCCAGCAAGUCGAUGUCACCCGGGAGAACCUGGAGCAGGAAAUUGCCACCAUGAACAAGAAAAUUGAAGUUCUCGAUUCACUUCAGAGCAAAGCAAAGCUGCUCAGGAAUAAAGCCGGUUGGUUGGACAGCGAGCUCAACAUGUUCACUCACCAGUACCUGCAGCCCAGCAGAUAGUGGGCCGCCGUGAGCCGGAGCCCGCGUGGGGAAGGGCGGUGCCGCCAGCCGUGUGGGCCUCCCACCAGGGCCACGCACAGCUCCUGCCCGUGGCCGCCACCGUGAGAGCGAAAGCACCCCCGUCUCAUACCAUUUUGAGCCCCUAAUCGCUAGUUUUUUUUUUCCCCCCUUUGCCUGCUGUUGCAGGAAGAUCUGGCUCGUACCCUUAAAGGAGACUUUUUAAAUGAUGACUGUGGACGGCAUGGUACCGAGGAGUCGAGUCUUUGCUUUGUCGGGUGCACUUGAUUGAGACUCAUUUGAGUGCUUGACAAAGUCUUGGGAUUUGCCCGCACCGCCGAAUGCCUGGUUGGAGCCUUUAAGGGUAUCAGGCAGACCCCCUUCUCCGGCCAACACUAACACUGAUGCGAGCACACCCGCCUGCCGAGCACUCCAGCACCCCUGCAGAGAAAGGCCGCCUUAGGGAGGGUUGAGUUUUCUUCCCAGGUUGCAUUAGAACAAGUUCCAGAAAGGCCAAGUCCGUCCCAGAAGGGCUGUUGCCUGUGUGUGUGUCGGUUUGGCGCUUCAGCGUUUGUGCUCCGCUCCUUCGGCAGAGCAUUUCAGACACGUCUUGGAGGGGUGGGGCUUGCCGUGGGUUGUAGGCUGAGGCAGGCCUCGUUGCCCUGGGGUUGGGAAAGAUGUUGCAGAAGUGGCUGGAGUCAGAGUGGCUGCGGGAGGGGCCGUGUGGAGAGAGCAGGUAGCUGGUUCCACGAUGAGGGAGGGCCUUGACCUCCCUCCUCCUCUUUGGGUCCCUCGUUCUGGUUUCAGUCCUUAGCCCGUGUCGUCUGGUCUUAUUGUUGGUCAGAGAUGGUUUGGUCCAGAGCGUUCAAGGAUGUAGCCGAAGGAAAGAUGGCGGAGGAAGAGGGGUGGGGCCCAUCCAGGAUGGCUGGAGAAUGUGGAGUCCACGGAGAACAGGGCCUUCUGUUUGACCUUGCUCUGUGAGGGGCUCACAGGGUCUGAGAGCCCACGCUCUUAGCUUGAUUGCAUCCCUGUUAGGUUCCUCAAGGCUUGAUUGCGUCCCUAUUAGGUUCCUUAAGAAACGCUCCCGCCCCUGCCUUGGCCCAGGCUGCCCUUGGCCACCGGUCCUCUGGACUAAGUCUCCUGUGCCAGGGAGGCUGCAGCUGGCUGAGAGACGGUGUGGGAGACCCAGCAGCCAUCCUCCGGUCCUCCCAUCCUCCCUGAUCCCCAGAGCCUCUUACUGACCCUCACCUGGCCUCGUGUUGACUUUGAGAAAUGUUUCCUGUUGAGUUUGGGAUUGUUACUGGUUGAAGUGGGGGCAGGUUCCGGUCUCCCAAGGUGUUAACUGGGGCAAGCAGCCUUCACAGUUCAGGUCUGAAACCUUCCUAGAAACCAGCAGGUCCUGUCUCCCAGAAAGAGGUGGGGCUCAGGCAGAGAGGUGGGGCUUGUCCUCUUGAAUCCCCCCCGCCCUCUGGCUUCCGGGAAAUGAGUUGGUGGCCUCUGCUGACUGGUAGUUGGCCACGCAGGUGGCACCUUCUCCAGGUGCCCACUUAUCUUUCAGACCCUUAGUGCACCUGCCGUGUGGAACCAAGUGGUGGACCUCGCCCAGAUCGCCCCACGGCAGGGGGAUGUUCUGAGCUUUUUGCCAGGCCUAGAUGGUGGUCACUUCCAGCGUGUCAGGAGAAAUCAUUGUCACAUGAUUCCAGUGAAUUUUGUGCUUUUUGGGGAAAAAGAAAUUAUUUAAUAACUAAACAUGAAUGUUUUUGAAUGUAGCCCCUGGGCAAUGAAUGGAAUUUUGAGUUUCUUAUACAGUAAGUAAAAUUAAAUUUUUCCCAGUGAGGGAAAGACUCUUGACAGAAGUGUGGCAAAAAGCACUUUAAUUUAAUGCUGCUAACUUUGUUCUCUGGUUUUACGUUCGUUUGCUGGAGUGUGAGACGUGCUUGACACAGUGAGUUUUUUCUCUGAUGUACUUAAGGUGAUCUAUUUGCCUGAAUUACUCCUGUAUCAUUGCUGAUAAUAUUGGCACUAAAAUAAAACCUAGUUGGAAACACUU